AUGAUUGCUGACGAUAGUCGUCUAAAUCUAGCUCAUCAGAAUUUGAGGAGUGUUCCAAAAACAUUGGUUAACAGUUUUCAAGAUGUUGUGAAGAUAAUAGAUGUUAGUAACAAUAGCAUAAGUGAUGUAUCCUUUUUGAGAUCCUUCAAGAACUUGACCUCUAUAAUACUUGAUCAUAACAACAUCAUGAGUGAUGCAGUUUUUCCAUAUCUUCCAAGUGUUAGGAUUUUAUGGUUGAACUAUAAUCAAAUCACAACAUAUUCUGAUUUUAUUAAACAUCUCCGUUCAAAAUUUCCUCACUUAAAGCAACUAAGCCUCAUGGGUAACCCAGGAAUCCCUCAGUGUCUAGAGGAAACAUAUUAUGAUUAUCUCCGCUAUAGAUUGUAUGUUAUCUCUUGCUUUGAAGACUUGGAAUAUCUUGACGACAGAACUGUUAGUGAGCAUGAGAAAGAAGAGGCUCAAAGGCUCUUUGGAACACCAGUGUUUGAAAAAUAUGUUUCAAAAUCUAUUCCAAAAGUUUUUCGUGUUGCCGUAAAUAGAGUUCAACAGUUUAUCACACCAUCUUCAGAUGAACGGCCAUACUUGAUAUAA